GAAGAAGAAGAAGAAGAAGAAGAAGAAGAAGAAGAAGAAGAAAAAGAAGACUACCACCUCCUCCUCCUCCUCCUCCUCCUCCUCCAUGGCGUCCCUCCCCCGCCUUCCCCCCACUGUCGGGCGGGCCCUACCCUUCCUGCCACGCCCCCGAUGCCCUGCCCCGCCCCCCUACCCCCCAUGGAUAACACGGAGUAAGGGCCUCCUCUCCUCCUCCUCCUCCUCCUCCUCCUCCUCUUCCUUAAUUCGUAAUGCUCGUUUUCUCUCCUCUUCCUCUUCCCUCAUUUCCUCUCCUUCUCGUCUCAGACUCUCCUCUUCCUCCUCCUCCUCCUCUUCCUCCUCCUCCUCCUCUUCCUCCUCCUCCUCCUCCUCCUCCCUCAUUCAAGACGCGGGUUCCUUCUUUAAUCCUGCCCUUAAGCCCCUCGGGAAGGACCUGCACGUGGACUCUCGCUCUGUGUCGCGGGCGGGAAGUGGGCGUGAAGCUUUCCAGGACCGCCAGCAGCUAAGACACGCCCGUAGAAUCGUGGUGAAGUUAGGAUCAGCGGUGGUCACUCGCAAAGAUGGUCUUGGAUUGGCUCUGGGCAGGUUGGCGUCUAUUGUGGAGCAGUGCGCGGAGCUUCAGAACGCGGGCCACGAGCUCCUGAUGGUGACGUCGGGCGCGGUGGCGUUCGGGGCGCAGAAGAUGACUCAAGAGCUGCUGAUGUCACUUAGCAUGAGGGAAACACUCUCGGGGAAGGACAGUCUGAGAGGGGAGGAGGUGCGCAGUAUGUUAGCCCCCCGAGCGUCCGCCGCCGUGGGUCAGAGCGGGCUGAUGUCACUGUACGAGGCGAUGUUCACACAGUACGGGGUGAAAGUGGCGCAGAUUCUCAUCACCAAGCCUGAUUUCUACAACACCGAGACUCGACACAACCUCAACUCCACCAUCAAUGAACUCAUCGCCCUCAACAUCCUGCCCAUCAUCAACACCAAUGAUGCUGUCACGCCCCCGCCGCAGGUGGACGAGGAGGUGAGUCGCAAGCUGGACAUCCGUGACAACGACUCCCUGGCGGCGCGGCUGGCGGUGGAGGUGGAUGGGGACCUGCUGCUGCUCAUGACGGACGUGGACGGCAUCUACACGCGGCCGCCGGGCGACGAGGGCGCGCGUCUCAUCGACUGCUUCGUGCCCGACGUGCGAGAGGGCGCGGCGGGCGGCGUGGUGUUCGGCGACAAGUCCGCUGUGGGCACGGGCGGCAUGGACUCCAAGGUGCGCGCCGCGACGUGGGCGCUGGAGCGCGGCACCUCCGUGGUCAUCUGUAACGGCUUCGCGCCGGGCGCCAUCAAGAGCGUGCUGGAGGGCCGCAAGGUGGGCACCUUCUUCACCACCCGCGGUGACGCCGACCAGCAGGUGGAAGUUCUGGCGCGGCAGGCGCGGGUCGGCGGCCGCCUGUUGCAGGCCAUGCCGCCCGCACAGCGCGAGUCGGCCAUCAACAGGCUGGCGGACCUGCUGGAGGCGCGCACGCACGACCUGCUGGCAGCCAACAAGCUGGACUUGGAGGAGGCGGCGCGCACCGGCCUGUCCGCGACGUUGACUGCGCGCCUGGAGCUGACGCCCGCCAAGCUGUCCGGCCUGGCGGCGGGGCUGCGGCAGAUCGCGGAGGCGUCCCGCGGCGCGGUGGGGCGCACGCUGAGCCGCAUGCUGCUGGCGGAGGGCGUGGAGCUGCGGCAGGUGACGGUACCCAUCGGCGUGCUGCUCGUCAUCUUUGAGUCGCGGCCAGACUGUCUGCCGCAGGUGGCGUCGCUGGCCAUGGCCACGGGCAACGGCCUGCUACUGAAGGGCGGCAGCGAGGCGCAGCGCUCCAACCAGGCGCUGAUGGCGCUGGUGCGCGAGGCGCUAGCCACGGUGGGCGCCCCGGGCGCCGCGCAGCUGGUGGCGUCGCGGGAGGACGUGGCGGACUUGCUGCAGCUGGAGGGCGAGAUCGACCUGGUCAUCCCCAGGGGCAGUAACGACCUCGUCAGGACCGUGCAGGAGCAGGCGCGCGCCAUCCCUGUGCUGGGCCACGCAGAGGGCAUCUGCCACGCCUUCAUCGACUGCGACGCUGACCCCGACAAGGCCGUCAAGCUGGUGCUGGACGCCAAGUGUGACUACCCCUCGGCCUGCAACGCCCUGGAGACGCUGCUGAUCCACGAGGACAUCUUCCGCGGGUCUGGGGUGUUCACCAGCGUGUGUCAGGCCCUGCAGCGCCGCGGCGUCAGGAUCAACGCGGGGCCCAGGCUGGCGUCCCUCCUCACUUUCGGACCACCGCUCGCCACAAACUUCAAGGUAGAAUUCGGUGACCUGGAAUGCAUUAUCGAGGUGGUGAGCGGACUGGAGGAGGCAGUCGACCACAUCCACCGGUACGGCUCCUCACACACUGACUUCAUCAUCACAGAGAACAAACAGACUGCGCAGAGGUUCCUUCAGAUGGUGGAUAGCGCUUGUGUCUUCCAUAACGUGUCCUCGCGCUUCGCUGACGGGUACAGGUUAGGCCUAGGCGCAGAAGUAGGCGUCAGUACUGCCAGGAUACACGCACGGGGCCCUGUUGGUAUGGACGGUUUGCUAACGACGAAGUGGGUGGUGAGCGGUGACUGCGCAACGGCUGGUGAAUUUACGGAAGGCAGAAGGGUGUUUUUGCAUCAAAGAUUACCGGUAGAGGAGGAGGUGGAGAAGGUGGAGGUAGUGGAGGAGGAGGAGGAGGAGGUGUGUUAGUGUGUUUGUGUGUGUUUGUGUGUGUUUUUGUUGAUGUGUUUUGAUGUGUUUUGAUGUGUUUUGAUGUGUUUUUCUUGCAUUUUUUUCCAUUUUCUUCUUCUUCGUCAUUAUCUAGAUAUUAUUUAAUAGAUUGCAAAUGAUUAUUAUUAUUAUUAUUAUUAUUAUUAUUAUUAUUAUUAUUAUUAUUAUUAUUAUUAUUAUUAUUAUUAUUGUAAAGUUAAUAUAAGUCUCUUUUUAUAAUUAAGCUUACUAUAU